AUGAAGAUCUUUUCCUUUUUCUUUGUGGUUCUCCUCUUAGUGCUCCAAGGCACUUCAGGUUUCAUGCGUGCACCUAGUAAUGCUGCACAGUGCAAACAAGCUGGGGGGACCUGUUCCAUCAACCACUGUCCUCUACCCAAGAUGAGGUCCUUUGGACGUUGCCAGCAAGGAGUCCCUUGCUGUCGAACUGUGUAUGAUUAG